AUGAGAGGAGCUGCCUCAGGAAAGGAGUCAGCUGGUUCCCAGGAAGAGAAUGUUGAACCAGCUGUUCCAGGAAGAUGGGGGGGGGGUCGCCCUGCUGAGAAACCCCCUUCUGGUUCAGUGCAGAAGACAAGGAAGAACCAGCAGAAGACUCCUGGCAAUGGAGAUGGUGGCAGUAGCAGUGAAAUGCCCCAGCCCCCACGGAAGGAAAGGGCAGGAGCCGUUGUCACUGUGGAGAGUGAAGUGGCAUUGAAGAAGAACAGAGUGGAAGUGGAAGUGGAAGUGAAGAUUCCUGAAGAAUUAAAGCCAUGGCUGGUGGAGGACUGGGACUUAGUUACUAGGCAGAAGAAAUUGUUCCAACUCCCUGCUAAAGAGAAUGUAGAUGACAUUCUUGAGGAGUACGCCAAGUGUACCAAGUCCCAGCCAAGUGCUGACAAUAAGGAGUAUGCAGUUGAUGAAGUUGUGGGCGGGAUAAAAGAGUAUUUCAAUGUGAUGCUGGGCACUCAGCUGCUCUACGAGUUUGAAAGGCCCCAGUAUGCUGAGAUCCUGCUGGCUUACCCUGAUGUACCAGUGUCACACAUAUAUGGGGCACCACACCUACUGAGAUUAUUUGUGAGAAUUGGGACAAUGUUGGCCUAUACGCCCCUCGAUGAGAAAAGCCUGUUAUUACUGCUGGGCUAUUUGCAUGAUUUCCUUAAGCAUCUGGCAAAGAAUUCUGCUUUGCUGUUUACUGCCAGAGAUUACCAAGUGGCUUCUGCUGAGUAUCACCACAAAGCCCUGUGA